AUGAGUAGAGAAAACGCAAUUUAAUAUCGAUCUCCUUAAUAAAUACCCUCAUCGAAAAAACCAAACAUAGAAAAUUGUCCACCCCAAAGAAAUACUAAUGAAUUUAUUAAAUAGAUGAAAAAAAGAGUAGAUCAAGCUCCUCUAAGUGUUAUGACCUAAAACUCUUAAAUAAAAGAUGCUCAAUCCAUUUUCAUUGAUAUGUCACGAAUUGAAUAAUAAUCAAGCAACUCAAAUAACAGUUUUUAUGACCCCUUAAAAUAACCAGUAUUGCCAUAAUGCCAUAGGUCAAAUCAACCUUCUAAUUGUACUACAUAACGAACAAAUAGGUAUGAUAUGCAGAGGAAUAGUAAACCAUAUUUAGAUUAAAGUGAAAAUAUGGGAUUGUUGUUGAUUUAACAACAGAUGCUAUCUUUGUAAAAUGAGAACAUGAAUUUAAAACAACAAUUAGAAAAACAGGAAAGUUAAAGAUUACUGUUUUAAUAAUAAUUACUUUAGCAAUUCUAGACCUAGCAAUAACAACAAUAGCAACCAAUAGUUAUAAAUAAUAAUAUAACAUCCUUUGAAAAGCAAUAAUCAUAAUCAAAGUCUAUCCCUCCUUAACACUAUUAGGAUGAAACAGAGUCUCCACCUAAAAGAAUUUAGGGUAAAAAACAGCAAUCUCAAGCCAUUUAGACAGAUAAAUCAGUCUAAGAUUAAUCUAUCAUAACCUUAAACGAAUCCUUUUAAAAUGAAUCUUUGUGUAAUAGAUCAAAGCAAAUUAUUUCAUAAUAAUCAUAAAUCAGGCCUCCUUAGUAAUAAAAAUAAAGCAUCGAAUCUUUAACAUUUGGUACUUAAUUAUCUUAAAGAAAUCUAAUUUCUUAAUAAUCAUAAUAAUAAUUAUAGAUCUAAACUCAUAAUUCCUAAAGUAGAAAUUAAAGCUAUCAAUAAAUUAAUUAAGGUUCUAUUGAAUUAUAAACAGAAAACACGCAGAAAGAUUGUUAAAUUCAAAAUUAACGAGAUAUUUCAAGGAAACAUUCUUAAAUUGAUAUUAUUAAUUCUCCUGCUUUAUAAGAUCAAAGUUAUUGUGCAUAUAAUCCAGAAUUACCCAAAAAAUCCCAGCCAAGUGUGAAAUUAGAAUUUAAUUUUGAUGAGGGAACAAAUAAAGGAUCAAAUAAAAAAUGUCUAGCUGAUUAUUUCACAUAAAGAAAGAAAACAACGAAUUUCGAUAGGAGAGUCUCAGUCUAAGCUCCAAUAUAGGAGGAAGAUUAGAGUUGGAUUGUAAAUGUUAAAUAAAGAAGUAAAGAAGAGUAAAUCAAAUUGAGAAAAGAAAUGAUGGAAUAUGGAAGGAACAAACGACAACAAAAUAAAAGUCAAACUCCUGUAAACGAAGACAAAAUUAGUGAUCGAAAGGAAUAGAUUAAAAAAUCGAAAAGCCCGUUAAUGGAACGACUAUCCAUGGGAUAAAAGGCAAAGGUAAUGUUGGACCAUAUUUAGGUUGAAGAAAAGGAAAUGUUUGCAUUAACAAAAAAAAAUUAUGAGAAUUUACCUGAAGUAAAAAAAAAGAAGAAUUAAGAAGAAAGUAUCAAAUAAAAACAACAAUUCAUGAGAGAAAGAUAAAAUAAAUUGAAAGAAUUAGAUGAUGUAAUAAUAAUCCAUAAUUUUAGAAAAUCAAAGAAAAAAUGAAAAAGCCUUGA